AUGCCCGGAAAGUCUUCGCAGGGGACCCAGCCAGGAGAAGUGCCCGGCCAAGGACAGCCGCCCCACCUAGAGCCGGGAGAGCUGCCCCGGCCCCUCCCCAGGCUGCGGCCGGCUGGCCAGUACAGCAAGGAUGGGCCCGCACACCUCACAGGCUGCGGCAUAACAAAUAAAUCCUCUGGUCCAAUCUCUGAAGGCCCACUCAUCGCCCUGCGUAAGACAGCGGGGAGUCUCCCGCCCAAGGGAAACGGAAGCGAGUGGCAGGGCUGGCUGGCGGUGAGGGUGCUAAGCGGCUGUUCGCAGAGCAAGCUGAAGACGAGUGCCAGAGGACCUGGGUCUCAGCGAAAGGACAGCGUUCCCGUUACAGAGCUUUCGGCCAGUGGACCUUUUGAAAGUCAUGAUCUUCUUCGAAAUGGUUUCACUUGUGUGAGAAAUGAACUUUUGCCCAGGCGUCCUCUUGGAUUAUCAGAAACAAAUUUCCAGCUCAACCAAGAGAAAAUUAACGUUUCCACCCUGAGAAACGCCCAGGGUCCGUGCGCUCCAUUAAAAGUGCAGGUGGGAGUCAAGGCGGUACAACAGGCUCGGCGUCUUCCGUCUCUUCCAGGCUCAAGCCUGUCCCUGGGUGUUUUGAGGGGUCAUGAUGACACUAUUGGAUCUGAAGAUAUUCCUAAUGACCCAUCACCAAGCGAACUAAUGGGAGGGCCACACACGAUGGUGGAAUAUAAACGAGGUUUGCUGCAAUGCAGUGUGCUGAUCGUGGAAAUGGAAAGGCUACAUCGUGUUUAUUACUAUCGUCUUUCUUUUUACUACAGUUGUAUGUGUACAAUAUUAAAAGUGCUGACGCAUGAGAAAAAAAAUGGGGAAAAUAGAAAACGCUAA